UUUCUGCGCCCUGAAUGCCCUUCCCUUCCCUGUCUAACACUGGCUUGUCAAAAUAAGAGUUAAGACAUACAUUUUUUAAUGAACGUGCAAUUAUUUAUAAUCUAACACACAUGUGAAAAAAGGCUUUACAAUUUCAGAACGUUUAACGUUUUAUCCUUUGGUCUAUUUGAAAAGAAAACCUGAUUUGUAUGUUUUACUUGGCAACGGUAGGGCUUUUAACUGUGAAAUAUGAGCUGUUAAAACUGGGUGCAGUCCAAAGUUUUCCUUAGUUCUGUGCACUUCAACUGAUAACGCACUAUUUUACUCAAAUAAUUUUGUGGAAGUUCAAAGUUGCCAUCUGACCGUGCGCUUGUUCUGAACUCUUCCACACAGUGCGAUACGUUUGUACGUGUCCUCGACCUCAGAGCAAUCCUAUAUUAGUGUCCCCUAUGGAAACAACGUGGCAGAGAGUGGAAUCCAUGCACCGCUGGAUUCUAGAGAAUGGGGAUAAGCGGACGGACCCAUGGCUUCUAGUCUACUCUCCUGUACCGAUCAUCUGUAUAUUUUUGUGCUAUCUUGGUGUUAUUUGGAUCGGACCCAAACUUAUGAAACACAAGGAACCAGUGAACCUAAAAGCAGUGCUUAUUGUGUACAACUUUGCCAUGGUCGCUUUGUCUGUUUACAUGUUCCAUGAGUUCUUGGUCACAUCAUGGCAGGCAAACUACAGUUAUCUGUGUCAACCUGUGGACUAUAGCCGCAGUCCAUUGGGGAUGAGGAUGGCCAGUGUAUGCUGGUGGUUCUUCUUCUCUAAAGUCAUUGAGCUUAGUGAUACAGUAUUUUUCAUCCUAAGAAAAAAGAAUAGCCAACUUACAUUUCUACACAUGUAUCAUCAUGCAACUAUGAUCUUUAACUGGUGGGCAGGAGUGAAAUUUGUGGCGGGAGGUCAAUCAUUUUUUAUCGGGCUGCUGAACACUUUUGUUCAUAUUGUGAUGUAUUCGUACUAUGGCCUGGCCGCCCUGGGGCCUCACAUGCAGAAAUAUCUGUGGUGGAAGCGCUACCUCACCUCACUGCAGCUGGUCCAGUUUGUUUUGCUGACUCUUCACACUGGAUACAACCUCUUCACUGAGUGUGACUUCCCUGAUUCCAUGAAUGCAGUUGUGUUUGCGUACUGCGUCAGCCUCAUUAUACUUUUCAGCAACUUUUACUACCAGAGCUACUUAACAAGGAAGAGCAAGAAGUCUUAAUAGUUGGUCCACAUGAAGAGGAGAAGAAAUCACCCACUUUUUGAUAGACUAUUUUUUCCAUCGCUGUUGAAAUUGAAAUCAGGCCUCGAUUAUAUUUAGUCAUCAGGACUAAAAGGAUUUGUUGAAACAACUGACCUCAUAUCUAAUUUGGGUUGUAAAUAUAACUUGUCUAGUAGAGAUAAUGUUUUAUUAUCAGUCUUGUUAUUUUUUGUGCAUUUUGGAGCGGUGAAAUCUCCUGUUUUGUCAUCAACCAAAAUAGAACUUGAAUGUAAAUGAAGAAGUGUAAUCUCAUUUUAAGUAAAUCUAGGAUGGAACAUUA